AUGCCCGGAAGCGUCCGAGACUGGCCAGCGUGGCCGGAGUACACCAGCAAAGAUACCCAUGAACUGAAAGACCCGGACUUCCUCAACACCAAGAAGGCCAUCAUAUCUCAGUAUGGUGGCGAGGCUCUGAGAGACAGUUGGCUUCGAGUCUGUGAACAGCUCAAGGCUGUCACCGAUGAGAUAGUCGGCAAAGGUCGUACCAUCAUUCCCGUCUUCGAUGCUUACACGCUUCUUGACAAGGGCUUCACGGAAACCGAAAGGGACGAGGUGAAGAGAGUCGGCACCUUUGUUGUUCGUGGGGUGAUUCCCAAACCAGAGGCAACUCAACAUUACGCAGACCUCAAACGCUACGUCGCCGAUAACAAACAGAAGAUCCAGGGAUGGCCAAAAGAAACCCCUUCAAUAUUGAUGCUGUACGACUCGCCGACCCAGAACACCCUUAGAUCACACCCGAAUCAACUUCAACUCCAACACCUCUUGAACCAACUGUGGCACGAUGACAACGGCGACGAUACGUACUCAGAUCCUUUGGUUUAUUACGACGGAGUACGUGACAGACCUCCGCGGCAAGAGUUCCUUGGACUUGGGCCGCAUAUCGACGCUGGGAGCCUGGCUCGUUGGGCAGAUACGGCAUACAGAGAGGUGUAUGGCAACAUCUUCUCCGGCAAACCUGAGCGACACGACCCCUACGACCUCAGCGUACGAAAAGCCGCUAAUCAAGACUUUUAUCCCGGUGUCGCUCAUUCAUCCGUCUUUCGCUCUUUCCAAGGAUGGACUGCCUUAACACGAACAGCCCCGAACGAAGGGACGCUCCUCGUCUACCCCAAUGUUGCCACUGUCGUAUCAUACAUGUUGCUGAGACCGUUCUUCAAGCCUCCGGCGGACUGUGUGGAUGUGAUGGAUGCGACUAAAUGGACUCUUGAUGAGUCUUCCAGCAACUUCCCUGGAACUUUCAAGACCCAGAGCCAACGGCUCAGUCGUUUGUCUCAUCCACACCUGAGGCUAGAAGAGUGCCUGAUCCAUGUGCCAAAGAUGGAGCCAGGUGAUACUGUUUGGUGGCACGCUGAUGUUUGCCAUGCAGUCGACCCAGUUCACGAGGGAUCAGAGAACGCAUCUGUUUUAUACAUUGCCGCAUGUCCCACCACGGCAAACAACAAGAAAUAUGUGAAGAAGCAACUUUCCGACACUCUGGCCGGAAGACCACCGCCGGAUCAGCAACAAGGAAACGACUUGAACGAAAAGACGCUGAAGGGAUACGUGGGACUGGAAGGCUUGAGCGCCGACGCAAAGCGAGCUUUUGGAUUUGGGUUGUAA